CUACGAGUUAAGUGGCCCAAAGGGGGUUCAUUUCGCAAGGUUAAUGGUUUCAUGAUGGCCAGUUGUUUGGAAGAUGAGCUUUUCGUUUUCUUAACACUAUAGGCCAGCUGAAAAGAUUUAUGGGUUUUGGUUAAGAUAUGUAGAAGUUUUGAUUUUCAAUAUAUUGAGAGGGCUGAGGUGGGAGAAAAGAGAUUGGGAUGGGAUGGAUGACAUGGAUCCAAGAGGUAGUGAUGUAGACAUAGAUUUGGAAAGUGGGGGGACUACGAGUGACGAAGAUGGAAUAAGAUACCCUGGUUCGAAUGGAAGACAUGUGGACAAAUUAUUGGGUAAGUCGUGGAGUGGGCUGGUGGGAUUAGAAAGAUCUAUAAGGUGUGGAGAGAGUUCAGGUUCACACAACAAGGUGCUGAGUUCUGAUGAUGUUUUGGUUGACAAUGUGGAAAUGGUAAAUCUUUUGGGUAAAAAAAUGGCGACGGACAAGAGAAAGAAAACAAGCUCUAAAGGUUCUUCUAAACCGCCCCGUCCUCCCAGAGGUCCAUUGCUGGAUUCUGCUGAUAUUAAGUGGGUGAGAGAAUUCUCUGAGCUCGCUGCAUUAAAACGGAAAAGAGUUGAAAGAUUGAAGUCAGUGAGGAAAGCAAAAGCAGAUAAGGCUUCACCACUUAACAGCAAUCUAUGUGCAAUGGUUGUCACAGCUAUCUUCUGCUUCGUGAUUAUAUUUCAAGGUCUUCUGGGUUCACGUGUAUGAUGACAAGAGAUGUGUGCCAGCAGCAAAUUUCACUCAAUAACUUUCUCUGCAUAUGUAGGAAAGGGCAUAGUGAUUCAAGUUGUGUAACUCAAGAACCUUUCUCCAAAUGAAAGCAGUGGGCAGGGUUCUGGUUGUCCAGUUACCUAGAAGAAAUAUCUCGAUCCGGACCAUUGGGAAGUGCUCAGUUUAGUAGUUGGACCUCAAGGCGUCAUUGCGGCUUGUUUGCAUUUUGAAGCUUACCCAAGCAUAGGCUACAUUCCAUAUAUUAUUGUUGAAAACAGCCUUCGGAAUUGGAAACAGCAUGUUCAGUUUUUUGCUACUGUGCAUGGAUAUGAGGAGUUGAGAGAAUUCACACAUCUUCCCUUACCGAAAUUUUCUACUGUCUAUCUUUUCGCUGCAAUUGGAUUAACAUGGCAUGGGCAAUGCCUUUGUGUGUAUUGAUCAGCUGAUUAUUUUCAAAGCUCAGAUCAGCUCUGCGUAAUGUUCUCGAACCCAGGUCGAGGUCCUAUAAGAGGCUUUUUUUUU